UGUAACACAGUUUUCUGUUGCUUUCAGAGCUCUUUUUGCAUUCUCUCCCAUUUGGAGAGAAGCAAAAUCCACAUUAUCUUCUUGGGUUUCUACUAUUUUUUUCAAAGAAUUAUUGGUACUUUCAUUCAUUUCUAGUUUGUUUAUAUUUUUUUGUUGUUCUUUCUAAAUUCGAUUGUGUGUUUUUUACAUCAACAUUUCAGAUCACAUUCUGUGAUUCAUCAUAAGACUUUAGAGAGCUCAAGAAUAGACAAGGCCAAGAGUUCCUUCCUCAUUCUUCUUCUGUUUAGUCAAAUUGCACUGCUUUCCAAAGCCCAAAACUAAAAUCUCACAGAGCCCAAAAUGGUGCCUAAAGUAAGCAAGAUGAACAAGAUUAAAAGCAUUCUGAAGAAGUGUCAAAGCUUAGGGAAGAUGAGAAGGUCUUACAGCAGCCUGAGUUCCAACUGCAGGGAUGACAUUUCAAUGUGUGACUCUCCAGAUAACUCUGCCUCAAGCCUUGUUCAGGCAGUCAUGAGGGAUGAAGCUCCCAAGGGCUCUAAAGUUGUGUAUGUUGGAAAGUCCAGGAGAAGAUAUUUUAUCAGUGCCCACUAUCUGACCCAUCCAUUGUUAAGGGCCCUUGUUCAGAGAUGCGAGGGGGAUAACGAGGAGGCAUUUGCAGUGUGUUGUGAGGUGGUCAUGUUUGAACAUUUGGUGUGGAUGUUGGAUAAUGCAGACCCAGAAGCCAUUCACAGUGAUUCUUUGGAAGAGCUUGCAGAAUUCUAUGCCUGCACUUAGGCUUCAUAUCUUCUGUUAAACAUUAUGGGUGUUUUUAGCUUUCUACUUGAAACAAAUUUAUGGUCUUCUUAUUAAAUCUAUGUGGCUGACAUGCCCAUAGAAUGUAACAUAGAUCAAAAUCUGGUUUUCUUUUGUAUAAACUCUUAGAUCUAACUUCCUAUUAUGAGAAUAUCCAGAUGUGGGUAUUGGCUCUUCUGGUUGCCUGCAGCAUCAAUUGUAUUGCUUGAGCUGAGACGAAAGGUCGAAAUUUCGGCCUGAACUGUAAUUAUUAUCAUUGUAAUCGACCGGAAUGUUUAUCAAGAUAGAGAGUUGUAUUUUCAA